AUGGCCUAUUACCAACAGGGUGCUGGUGCUGGUGGAUUCAAUCCAUAUGCUUACGGAUACGAGGAGGGCGCCUACAACCCACGCACUCACUAUGCUGCUGCACAGAGCGCCGGCUUUCACGUCGGAACCGCUGACGAUUUGCCAAGAACUUUAUAUGUGGGCAAUCUCGAUCCAACUAUCACAGAGGAGUUUCUCGCUACUUUAUUUGGCCAAGUCGCCGCUGUCGCAAAGACGAAAGUGAUCUAUGAUAAUCAUACCGAUCCGUACGCUUUUGUGGAAUUUCAAGAUCAUGAACAAGCUGCUAGCGCAUUGAGCGUGAUGAAUCGACGAGUGCUUCUUGAAAGGGAACUGAAAGUCAACUGGGCUACUGAACCUGGACAACAAACUGUGAAAGUCGACACCAGCAAGCAUUUUCAUGUUUUUGUCGGCGAUCUAAGCCCUGAAAUCGACAACAAGUCUCUAAAGGAAGCCUUCGUGCCAUUUGGAGAAGUCUCUGAUGUCAAAGUGAUUCGAGACCCAGGAACGUUGAAAUCAAAAGGAUAUGGCUUUGUCUCCUAUCCAAAAAGAGAUGAAGCUGAACGGGCGAUCGAUCAGAUGAAUGGACAAUGGCUGGGCAGACGCACGAUUCGCACGAAUUGGGCCACUAGAAAGCCAAAUGAGAGUGGAUUUGGCUUUAGCGGCGGACCUCCAGUUCAUCAUCAUAGGCAAGCUCAAUCAAUGAGUUACGAUGACGUUUACAAUCAGACUACCCCGGAAAAUAUGUCGGUUUACAUUGGAAACAUUGGCCCUGAUGUCACUGAUGAUGAUAUUCGCGCGAUCUUCCAACAAUUUGGCAGCAUUGAAGAGAUUCGUGUUUUCAAGGCUCAGGGAUACUCAUUUGUUCGCUUUGACAGCAAAGAUGCGGCUUGUCGUGCAAUCAUUGAGAUGAACGGAAAAGAUGUUUGCGGAUCUCCAGUUCGCUGCAGUUGGGGAAAAACUGAUUAUGUCCCUGGUGCUGGUCGUGGAGCAGGCUACGGAUAUGGUUACGGUGCCCUGCAAAGUGGAGCUGGAUUUCCAACUUCUGGUAACUAUGGACAAGGGGGUGCUGGCGCUGGUGCUGGUGCAGGUGCAGGUGCAGGUGCAAACCCGAACUACAACUAUCAACAGUACUACCAGCAAUAUUACAACAAUCCACAAUAUCAACAGCAAUGGGCUAACUAUUACCGACAGCAGGGUCAAGGUGCUGGCGGCGGUGGUGCAGGCGCCGGUGCUGGUCAGCAA